ACUAUCUGCUUAUGUGAGAAGAGACCCAGGCGACAGAGGGAGGACGUGGUUUGGAAUUAAAAGUCAACACCUUGGGAGAGAAACACUGAACUGUGUCAGGCCUGGCAUAAAGAAUUACUUUGCUAGUCUUUAGGGUUGUUGUUUUGUCAAGACGCCUGAGAAAGGACUGAAAACCGAAACUUAAGGUUGAUCUUGCGAGGACAAACAAAAUGAAAAGUUCAGAAUCUGUAUAGCUUUCGAUUGUAGCACGAUGAAGCCUUUAUCUUUCCACAUCAUCUCUGACAAGACUCUGCUGUGUGUCUUCCUGACUCUUCUUUGGGUAAGUUUUUCUGUAAGCUUAUAUGUCAGUAGACCUCAAAUAAUGAAUGAUCAAUCCAGUGAAGAGGGUAACCCUCAACAGAAGGAGACUUAACCACAGUUAAGAUUCCCCUCAUGAUACCACUCAUGACAAAGUUUAGACAAUAGAAUCAGUUGUUUGGAAUAUAAGUAGCCUAAUUACAUAAAAACAGACUUUCCUUAACCUGAGGAUGAUGGAUUUUUUCAGAUUGUGAAAUAGUUACAUGAGAAUUUAUUAUUUCUCAGCAGCAGUUAUCUUUUCUCACUGACUUCCUCAGGGGAACAAACCCUUAAGAGGAAAUGGCUUUGAAUAAAACAUUAACAAAAGCUGUGCAUUCAGCAUUUUUCCCCCCUGAUUUUUCCGUUCUUUAAUUUUAGACAGCGUUACGUGGCUUGAAAUUUUUAUACCAGUCCUUGCUUUUCGAGAGGAAAAAAAAAGUUGUACGUUUGUAGUCAUAAUUUGGUAAAAAAAAAAGUGUAGGUCGUGGGAGAUGUAUUUUGUCAGCAUGGUCCAAAAAUAUCCGAACUCAAUAAAUGGGACUUUCUGUCAUUUUGAAAGACAGUGGUUAGCAGCAGUUUCUGUGUCACUCUUUUGCCAACUUCUUUUAGUUUUGUAUCUGGGGUGUUUUAACUUUAACAUGAUGAUUUAGAGGUCGAGGUAAAAUAAAGACAUUUCUGAAACAAUUUCAAGAAUUAUUUUGCGGUCAAUCGUACUUCAAGGUCACAACAACAACAAAUAUAUGUUUCUGUUAGAGGAUUUAAAAACCUGCCAAUAAGCCUGUUCACUUUUGAACAGGAUUUAACAUUAUAACAGAGUCAAACACCUCUAAAUAGUAGUGUUGUCCUAAACUUUGACAUAAGUUGACAUUUAAAGGCUGGUAGAUAGAGUAUGAUAUGAACAUUGCAUGGUAUGGUGACAUUUCUUGAAGACACAGAGAAUUUACACUGAAGUUUUCCCAACCUUGUACACUGUAUAAACCAAUGAAUGUGUCUGCAACGAUGGGACAACAGUGUUUAAUUUUGUCUUUAGGGUGUGGCCGACUCUAAUGCAGAAUCAACACCAGGCACAUCAUCAAUCAGAGCGGUAACAACAGCACCGAUAACCACAGUUUUAACCACACUCAAACGUAAGUGAGAAUUAUGUGAACAACCAUCAUGAAUAGCCACAAUGUCAUUAAUGUUAGUGAUUCAUAUUGUUUUUUUUUUCUUUUUCUUACAUCUAUGCAACCGUUUGAAGCCCCAGAUAAUGUCAGGAAAAUUACCGUGACAAUUAAAACUGAGAACAGUAUAACUCUGGAAUGGGACAAAGUCAAUAACAUCCCGUUCUACUUUGUUCAAUAUCGACACAACGGCAACAAGGAGGUACUCAUUAAUGAUACCAGCACAGGGCCAACAAUUUCACAUGUAGUCACUAACCUGACAGCUGGGACAAAAUACGACUUCACAGUCAUCACUACAUUAAAUGGAGCCAACAGCACUGGAACAAUAAAGGAAACGUUUACCAGUAAGUAACACUUGAUACACUGCUUAAAUAUACAACAUUCACAAUAGAUGUCAUCUAUGAGAUAUUCAAAAUAAAAUUUGCAUUAGAGAUUGUAUACAAAACCAAAGAUACAAUAGAGAUUUGAUGAUUUCAUCCAUUCAGGGGAACUAACUAACUUUUUAUGUAUCCUAGGGCCUCGUAAUGCGAACGAUUUUAAAUACAUAGAUCAAAAUGAGACCAGUAUAACUCUACAGUGGACUAAAGUGGAAAACGACCACUAUGAAGUUGGGUAUAAUUCAGGAAGUAAGAACUUCACUGUAUCAGAGGACACGGUGACAAGGACAAUCUCAGAUCUCACGGAUACGACUGAGUACACCUUCACUCUCUUCACUUUGUUUGAAGAUGACAGAAGCACCGGAGUGAGCAUCAGAGCAUCCACUGGUAAGAGAAUGAUUUUCCUCUCUGGUUGCCAUUAAACAGAAUCCAUAACCAAAUACACAGAUUUAAAGAUGUGUGGUUUUCUUAUGACCUUGCUUUAUUUGUUUUUGAAAGUUUUACAGAAAUGCAAGCUCUCAUCUGUUGUUGUUGCUUUGAUAAUAUUGAAUUUGCAUAAGCGUGCUUAAAAAAAAAAAAACAUUAAAAAACAUGAAAAUGUUGAACAUCGGAUAUUACAUACUUCUUAAUUAAACCCCCAAUUUUAACAGUUUCUUCACCAUGUUGUUUUACAUCCAAGCUCCUCCAAAUCCAGACGGCCUAGUAAUACUUGGACAAAACCAGACCAGUAUAACCUUGCAGUGGAAGAGAAUGGGUAAUCUCAGCUACAAAUUAGGGUUCAAUGAGACAUUCCUGGAGGAAAUUCCAGCUGUAGAAGGUCAAGCAACAGUGACAAAAACAAUCCACGGACUCACAAGAGGGACUAAAUACAACUUGAGUCUCUUUGCUGUGUUUCAUAAUGUCAGCAGUAGUGGACUUCCCUUCACUGCAGUCACAGGUAAACUGAUUCUAAUCCGUUAAAGGCUUACAAUAUAGUUCAAAGUGAUGACAACAAACUAUCAUCAGUCAUAUUAUCAUUACUAACUUUAAGAUGUCAUGACCUCUGUGAGGUUGAAAACUGCUGAAGUGUAAUAUGAUGUCAGCACUAUCUUGUCAGCUUUCAUCUUAUAAAAGUAAAAAUUCAUGCUGUUUGUCAUGUUGCUGUACUCUCCAGCUCCCGGUGAUGUAGAAAAGUUCAACGUAGCUGCACGAAAUGAAACCAGCAUCGCUCUGCAGUGGAAAAAGGUGGAUGGCCUACCUGAUUACACAGUCAUGUACAAUGAAAAUGAAGAAAACAUCAGCUCACCAGGAGGAGAUUCAGUGGUGACAUUCACAGCCUCUGGACUUCAGAGUGGGACGAAAUAUGAAUUUCGUGUGUUCACUGUGUUUGAAAACGUCACAAGCAGUGGGGUGACGUUUACGGCAGUCACUGGUAAGACAUUUUCCCCCUGGUACAUCUGAAACAAGAGCUUGGUGAGAACUGUGUGUAAAAUGUAAUCUAAAUUUUCAAUGUAAAAACAAGAUUAGUGCUCUCUAUUACUGACUGCAGCAGAUUAAAUAUUUAGAUUACAUUAUGAAUCCUUUAUUUAGAUCUGUAUUUUUUCCAAAAUUGUAACCCUGCCCUUCUUUUCUUUACAAUUUAGCUCCUCGCAACACAGAUAAGAUAAGCCCUGUUGAACAAAAUGAAACCAGCAUCACUCUGGAGUGGACUAAAGUAGAGGGCAUAUUCAAUUACACCCUUGAGUAUGAUGGAAAUAAGAUUAACAUCUCUGCAUCGGAGGGAACUAAUGUGACAGUCUCAGAUCUCACUAAUACGACUAAGUACAACUUCAUCCUCUUCACUGUGUUUGAAGAUGUCAAAAGCAGUGGAGCUCACAUCUCUGCAGCUACUGGUGAGAAUGUGUUUGUCUUCUAUGAUAUUACAUUUUUUUAUGACAUUGACUAUUAAUAAAAUUAAGGAAAAGAAAAUUGUCUAUCAUAAUUAGAGUAUCCCCGAUCUGGUGACACUUUCAUAACUGUGUCUCUUUAAAUCUCAGCUCCUCCAAAUGCAGAAAACUUUGGUCAAGUUGACCAAAACGAGACCAGCAUCACUCUGCAGUGGGAAAAAGUGGGUCAAAUCCUUAAUUAUGCACUAGAGUUUGGUGGAAAUGUGACGAACAUCACAGCACCAAAAGAACAUCAACAGGUGACAACGACUGUCCUUGAACUUCAAAGUGGGACUAAAUACACUUUCAGAGUUUUUGCUCUAUUUGAAAAUGUCAGAAGCAGCGGACGAAACUUAGUUGCAGCCACAGGUGAGACGUUUUCUUCUUUAUAGGCUUACAACCAAAGCUCUGUAAAAACAAGAGAGUAACUGUCUCUUACUGUUAGUGAGAUGAACUCUUUCAACUGUUUCUCAUACUGUUUCUUAACACCUUACCUUUUUUUUGGACAGGGAGUUAAAAAAAAAAAGGGACACAAAACUGAAAGUUUAGAAGUGUGACCAAACAUUGUCUCAGCCAGUCCAUCUUAUUUAAUUCAUAAUUAAUGACUCGUCAAUGUUCAAAGUGUCUGACACAGGAGUGAUUGUUUGGGCUUUGUGAUUGAAGAGUUGUAUUAUUGUUUGGUGGUGAGUGAAAGCUUUUUGUCUCUCGGUUAGUUCCCUCGAAGGUGACUUCUGUCAAAGUUACUCGACGCUCUGUGAGGUUGGUAACCCUGGAGUGGACAAGUUUGCGGAGAGACUGGAGCUACUCUCUCCACAUAAAUGGGGAGUCUUACAAACCAAAACCUAGUGUAUUUGAUGGUGUUGUGAAGAUUGAAGUUCGUUCUCUUGAUCCUGGGACAGUGUAUCCAUUCAAUGUGACCACAACAUUCUUUGGACACAGCAGUGAAGCUUAUGAAGACUUUACAGUGACAAGUAAGUUCAGAGUUGUUGCCUUGAAGGAGAUUUUUCCUUUGAGUUAAACUACUGUUCUAGGUGUAAACUGAUAAAAAUCAUACAAGUCAUAGCUCUGAAAAAGUUGUGUUUUCACUAAGUUUUGUGCAAUUAUUUUGUCAUUCAUUUCAGCCAUACACUGUGCAAGUGGAGACUGGCAAGUCACCGACUCAACGAUCACAGGAAUGAUUAAUGGAGAGUUUACAAAUGCAACAGCAUCAAACAAAUCAGAAACUCAUAACAGUACUGGGAGUGGGAAAGUGUCAUUUACUGGUCUUUACCCUGGAGAAACCUAUGAGGUUAAACUGGUACUUGAGAAAGACUCCAGACGCUUUAAUCAAUGUGACGACACAUUUACUAUCACCACCAGUAAGUACCAACCUGUUCCACCAUAUUAACUCAGUGUUUGUCUGCAUUUUUACUGAGACCUCUGUAUUUCUAUGUUUGUUUAUGUACUGUACAUAUUUUAAAAAUUAUUUAUAUAUUAUAUUUUUUAAAUUAAGGUCUGUUUUGUUGCAUACUGAUAGUGAGAGCUGUGAAGAGAUGAGCUGUCAUGUAAUUAGCAAUAUUUGACAUGUUCCUAAAAUCAACAUAUAAACCCCUAAGGAAACAUUGGUGCUCCUCAGUAAAAUAGCGUUUUCUCACAUUAGUGCAAGACUGUUAUUUAUUACGCCUCUGUAUUGGCCUUAAUGAUGUUCUUUUUUGACAUUUGGUACACUUUGAAAAACUCCUAUCAAACCUCAUUGUGUUUAGUACAUACUGCACAUGCAUUGAUUUUUAUGUGUUUGAAAAAUGAGACAUUUACUCACUGUUGGUGGAGCUAUUUUCUUAUUGUCUCAUAAAUGUUUCUUUCCUGCUGUUUCCCGCAGUUCCUCCAGUUGUUGAAGCUUACUGUGAGUACAGUGGAUCUGGAUAUUCUGCUUUGAUUGGCUGGAAUGAACCACCGGGCAUCUGGGAUUCAGUGAAGGUUGUUAUGAGUGGGGAAAUUCGCACAAUACCUUCCGAUAUGGAUCGAACUGUCACAAUAUUUGGAUUUCAACCUGCAAAAACGUAUAAAGUGCAUGUCACUACACGAUCCCGAGAAAGACAAUCUCCAGAGUUUGUUUUUUCAUGUACCACUGAUCCAAGGGGUGAGUAUAAAAUGUUACUACUGCUCUGUAAAAUACAACCUCAUUGUGAUUUAUUCUUAAUUUUUUAUUACACUAUUUGUUAUCAGGGCUUUAGACUUGCUCCGUCUAUCAUUCUAGAAGGGAAAAAGGAUAAUGUCACUGUCAUAUAAAUGGGAACCACUCUAAUCGCAUAUCGAAUUUCUGUUACAGAGAAUUUACUUCAAAGUUUUCUCUUUGCAGGGGUCAUUGCAGGGUCAGUUAUUGGUGUGCUUCUUUUUGUUGCUCUGGUUGCCUUCAUUUUGUUUAAGAGACCAGAUCUAAUCAGGUUGGUUCUGCCUCAGCGACUUCAGUCAGAUUAUCCUACUCUGAACUCUGCUGAAUCAGGCUAAAUUACUGGACCUUGUUUCUAUUUCCUGUAGGCGAAACAAACCAUUUAUCAACGGUACCAAACAAAACAAUAAAAAGCCCAAGUAAGUAUAGAUUGAAUAUCUCUUUAUUUAUACUAUACUUUCAGUCUCUUGGUCUUGUAUAGCACUGAUUUCCACCAAGUUUCAAGGUUUAAAUACAUCAGAUUUGUAAUUUAAGUCAGUCUUUGUUCUGUACUGAUUGUAUAUGCUCAUUUUCCUACCUGUCAUAAUAUAUUUAAAAUCACUGAUAUAACAAAUGAGGUUUUUUUUCCCCCAGGACUAUCUCUGUGGAUAAGUUUCCCGACCAUUUCUACCAGUUAAGUGCAGAUGCAAACAGAGGUUUCAGUGAGGAAUAUGAGGUAUGUAAAAAAAUCUUAUUGUUCCUCAUUUUUCUUCCAGUAAGAAUGCAAAACUUCCUGUUUUAGUUAAGGUAUCAAUUUGUUAUCUUUCGACCUUUGUUUCAAUCACCUGCCAUGCUAUCCAUCAACCUUUGUACAGAACCUUGCGCCUGUAGGCACCGAGCAGACUCGCAAGGAAGCUUGUCUCCCUGAAAACAAACCAAGGAAUCGUUUCAACAACGUCCUUCCGUGUAAGCUUACCCUUUGACAGCUGCGUCAUGCAAUAAUGACCAUAAAUGCUCAUAAAACUGUCUAGAUACACUGACUCUUUCCAUUCUGGAUCUUUAUUUGUCGUGGCGCAACACAAUUAAGCCAUAUAUUAUUAUUUUUAUCCUAGAUGACUGGUGUCGAGUGAAGCUAACUUCAUCAGAUGCAGAUGGGAUGUCAGACUACAUCAAUGCCAAUUACAUGCCUGUAGGUAUCACCUUAUGACUAACAAUCAUAAAGUGAAGAUGUUUUUACAGUAACUGAACACCAUACGUGAUCCAUUAUGUUUUACCAAAAUAAGCUCUAGCUUGUAAGACCAAAUUUUAAAAACCAACAUCACUCAUAAUUCCAUCAAUGAGGGAAGCUGCCAAGGUUGCACCAAUAUUCAUUUGUGUUCCACCAUUGUCCUGUCAGGGCUACAACAGCAGCAGAGAGUACAUUGCCACUCAGGGUCCUUUGCCCUCCACUGUCAAUGACUUCUGGAGGAUGAUCUGGGAGCAGAGAGUGAAAGGCAUUGUCAUGGUGACCAACUGCAAAGAGAGUGGAAAGGUGAGUCCAGGUAGAGGGUUCAUCUUUAAAUAGCAGAUUUUAUAGGCAGUGCAGAUUUGAAUAUUGUGAGCUGUUGUAAAUCAUUUACUUUAAUGACUCACAUUCUCACAAAUGGCAAAGGCCAAUAUGUCCUGUUGUUACCUCCCAUUUUGAUCGAUUGCUUUCUACACACUUUAAUUAAACAUAUUUACCGAUUGUGUUUCCUCAGAUCAAGUGUGAACAAUACUGGCCUGGAGACCAAAAACCUGUCCUGUGUGGAGAGCUUUUAGUCACCAUGACAAAUGAACAGCAGGAGCCUAACUGGACACUGAGGGAAUUUACGUUGAAACAUGUAUGUAAACAUAUAUAAAAUAUUUACGAUGUACAUAAACAUGAUGGGCAACAACAGUGUUAAAUAUGUAAAUAAAAAUAGUAAUUAUGUUUAACUCCAUCUCCUUCAGAGCACAAAUAAUCAGAAAUAAAAAGGUUUAAAUACAGUUUGUUGAAAUUGUCAGAAUAGCUGGUUUGUUAACAAUUGAUUUCCAAGAGGAUGUUUGACUCCUUAAAUUAACAUUCACUUGGUUAGAAUUUUAGACUUACAGUAUUUUAACUCCGCAAUGUAUUUCUUUUCCACAGAAAAACUACUCAGAGGUGCGCAAAGUGAAACAUUUUCACUUCACAGCCUGGCCUGACCAUGGAGUCCCGCAGGGCACAGAGGUCCUAAUCCGGUUCAGAGGUCUGGUGAGACAGCACAUUGAGAGAGAAGGGACUGGAGCACCUACUGUGGUUCACUGCAGGUACACAACAGAAAGUUCCUGAUGAUCUGCAAAAGCAAUCCAUUUUAUGGCUUUUUUUUGAGUCGCAUGAUGAAAUAAAAAUCAUUCGCUUGAACACCACAAGGAUCAUCUGACAAGCAUUUCUGGCAAGAAUAAAAUGGCUUUUUUCCCCCUCGUCUCUUUUAGUGCUGGAGUUGGGAGGACAGGCACGAUCAUUGCCUUGGAUGUUCUUCUUCAGCAGCUUGAGAAAGAGCGUGCAGUGGGCAUUCACCCUUUCGUGCAUAAAAUGAGGCUGAGCAGACCAUACAUGGUGCAAACAGAGGUACAAACCUCCCUGAGGUUUUAUUUCCUUUAUUAGAUACCUAAGCAGGGGCCUGCUUUGCUUUUGUUUCUGCUGCCUUUAAUAAACCAUAUGUAAAAGUUAAAUUUUAAUAUUGAGGUGCAUUUGCAUCCUCUAAAAGAAUAAGUUAAUAUUGCAAUCUUUACUGGCCCAUUUUCCCUCUUACAAACCAAUCUGAUCAUUUAGUUGUUGUGCUUUACUUUGCCAAAGUAGAUGUGUAAACGCACAGAUGACCACGCAUGAAUAAAUCCACUGUCAGGGUUGCACAUCAUAUCACAAUGUUAUAUUUGUACCGUUAUAUUUCUCUAAUGCAGGCUUCCUCUACAUAGCUUUGUCAUAUUUCUGAAGGCUUGCAUACUGCUUUUUAUAAAUAAAAAGUUAUCUUUGUUUGCAGUUGAUUGUGGUAAACCAGUUGAGGCUGUGGUUAAAUGCACAAAAGAAAGCGUGAGGCAGAUCAUGAUGUGUUUAUUGCACCCCUCGCUCACAGUUCUGCUUUUGAAAUAACCAGCUGCUGUGGUUUCCUUUUUUCAGUCCCAGUAUGUUUUCUUGCACCAAUGCAUCAUGGACUCUCUGCACCAAAAUGAGAAGAGCGAAGAGAACAUUUAUGAGAACGAGGACAUGAUGUAUGUGAACGCUACUGCACUUCGAGAGUUUCACAAAGGCUCCCAAGCUUGAGUUGAUUGUCAGUCUAGAUGCACUUAAUAAAGAGUUGAUAUUUAAUCCUACAUGCUAGGUUUGGUUAAGCACUGAAAAUAUAAGACUUAUUUUAUGUUCACCUUUUCCAUGUUACCCUUAACAUUUUAUUUAACUCUAAUUUUUGUGUUUCAUCUUUUUAAUGUAUUUUCAUGAUUAUGAAUUCUAUCAUAGAGGGGGAAACUUCAGAGGACAGAAGAAUGUUUUAAAACUGAAAUAAGACAAUAAGUAAAGAAAUGUAAAUAAUGAAAUUAUUAGAUAAAAUGAAAAUGAUCUUCAACUUGUACAAUAAAUGAUUUUAUUUAAAAAAAAA